AUGGCCUCCAAAGCACCAUCGAGGGAGGCUCUGACGCUUCUCAAGCACUCCAUUCGCCCUGCGACAGCCAUCCGUUCGCAGGUGCAGUCGCGUCUUGUUCCUUGCGCUGGUGCUUCGCUGCGUUCUCACGCUCACGCUCACCCGUCGCGACAAAUAUCACGGAGUACUGCGACUUUCACGCACUCCCACCAUGCCGACGCCGUGUCUGUUAUUCCUACGUUGGUGGACACCAACUCGGCAGACUUCAAGGAGAACAGGCGCGAAAUGGAGGAGGUCACCGACAAGUUGAACGACUUGCACUCCAAGAUCGCGCAGGGCGGACCACAGAAAGCAAGAGACAAGCACCUCCAGCGCGGCAAGAUGCUCGUCAGAGAUCGCAUUACAGCGCUCAUUGACCCGGGUACGCCGUUUCUGGAGUUGAGCCAGAUGGCUGGUUACGAGGUCUACCCAGGAGAAGACACGCCUGCGGCUGGUAUCGUAACUGGCAUUGGAACAGUCAAUGGCGUUCAAUGCAUGGUGGUUGCAAAUGACAGUACUGUCAAAGGAGGCACAUACUACCCACUUACUGUCAAGAAGCACCUCCGGGCUCAGGCGAUUGCACAGGAGAACCGUCUACCCUGCAUCUACCUCGUCGAUUCUGGCGGUGCAAACCUGCCUCACCAGGCUGAUGUCUUUCCAGACGUCAACCACUUCGGCCGCAUCUUCUACAACCAAGCACGCAUGUCCGGCAUGGGCAUUCCCCAGAUCAGUGUCGUAAUGGGCCCCUGUACAGCUGGUGGCGCCUAUAUUCCCAGUAUGAGUGAUGAGAGCAUCAUCGUCGAAAACCAGGGUCACAUCUUCCUCGCUGGCCCACCGCUUGUCAAGGCGGCGACUGGCGAAGUUGUCUCGGCAGAGGAUCUCGGUGGCGGCAAGCUUCACAGCGAAGUCUCAGGUGUCACGGAUUACCUAGCGGUCGACGAUGCACACGCGCUCGUCCUGGCAAGAAGGAGCAUUGGCAACCUUAACUGGCACCGCAAUCAGACUGUUUCCGUGAAACCUGCGUUCAAAGAGCCAUUGUACGACCCAAAAGAGUUGAAUGGCAUUGUGGGAACCAACUUGCGCAAGCAGAUUCCGAUACACGAAGUCAUUGCACGUAUCGUAGACGGAUCAUCAUUCUCAGAGUUCAAACCUCUGUACGGCUCCACGCUUGUCACUGGGUUUGCAACCAUCUACGGGCAUCCUGUUGGCAUUGUAGCAAACAACGGCAUCCUUUUCAGCGAAAGCUCACUCAAGGGUGCUCAUUUCGUCCAACUAUGCGGCAAGCGCCAGAUCCCCUUGAUCUUCCUGCAGCACAUCUCUGGCUUCAUGGUUGGUCAGGACGCCGAGAAGGGCGGUAUCGCGAAGAACGGCGCUAAGCUGGUUACGGCUGUCAGCUGCGUCGACGUGCCAAAGUUCACAGUAGUCGUCGGAUCCAGUGCCGGCGCUGGUAACUACGGAAUGUGCGGUCGUGCUUAUUCUCCUCGCCUUCUGUUCACCUGGCCUAAUGCAAAGACAUCCAUCAUGGGCGCAGAGCAGCUGUCCUCGGUCAUGGCAGCUGUGGGCAAGUCGGACCCCGAGCUUAAGAGCAGGAUUGAGCACGAGAGUCAAGCUACAUUUGGAUCGGCAAGACUGUGGGAUGAUGGCGUCAUCCCUCCUGAGCACACAAGAAGAGUGCUUGGUAUGGGAUUGCAGAUGGCAUGUGGUGGACAGAACACCGGUGUUGAGAAGGAGAGUAAGUGGGGCGUGUUCAGGAUGUAG